UUAACAAUUAACGUAUUGUAUUACCUUAUUUAACUUUUACCCAUCCUAUUAAAUAAGCUAUACAGGGUAACACAGCUCUUUAUCCUUUUUUGAAUCUCCCUAUCUAAAUAAUUCCCCGCAGGAUGCUUCAGUAAUACGCCCAACUAUGCCCAACCUGUAUUUGGACAAGUCUGUCCAUAUCGUUAAGAAACAUCUUAACUCUAGAAAAUACAUUUAAAUUACGAUUAAGACGAUACUGUGUUUCCCACUUUGUGGCAGCUGGCUGAGGAAGGCCUUUGCUUGAUUUCACAUGAUAAUGCCCCAUUGCACAAAGUGAGGUCCAUAAGAACAUUUUUUUUAAAACGCCAUACUUAUACCCACACUGAACACAUAUGGGUUUAUUGUUCGGUUGUCCGCAUACUUUUGGCCAUAUAGUUUCCCACAGCCUACCACCCCAACUCCAUGCAUCUUCUUUCAAGGCAAAGAUUGUGACUUCCCACUCAGCCUAAUCCUAUCCUGCAAACUAAAUCCUGACAUGAAUUAAUCAAUCAGUUUAUUGCCCAAUGGGAAAAUUAUGUUGCAAGUGGACAGAAAACACAGAGAGAACACACAACAUGCACUCUGUAAGCUGUAAAUGUCUCCUUAUGUCUUAAUAUAAUACAAGGUAUUCUAUGAACAAUGUAUCAUCUAGGAUGUAUUAUGUCCAGGAUGGUGACAGGUGUUCUGUUGUUUUUGAAAUAGGAAACCUGGCAAACCUAAAACUGUAAGUGAAGAAGAGGUGCACAAUAAAUAUCACAUAUGCAGUCACUGUGUUUGUGUUGUGGCAUCUCAGGCAUUUGGCGUGAUGGUAAUUAUAAAACUGCAAAAUGGUGCGAUAAAAACUGCAUUGGCAAUAGCGUCAGUGAUACACAGUGAAAACAGUAAGGGUUGCAGAUGUGCAUGGGCAGAAACCUGGAUAUGUUAAAGGGUUUGAUGCACCAACAACACAUGAAUUUCGUUGAUAUUGUUGGUGAUUUAAUAAGCUUAUUUGUGUGAAUUGGCCUUUUAAAUGUGCAAACAAAUAUGAUACCAGCAUUAAAAAAGUACUGGGGGGGGGUGACAACUGAGUUUCACCUGUACACUCAGAAUAAUGUAUGAUGACCCACCUCCCACAUAAAAAGGGGAAUCACUGUUCAGUAAACCCCACAUCUGUCACAUCUGUUCUGUGCGCUGCGUAUAAGCCUACAGUGUUGGUGUGCUGAUUACUUGUGUAGGGGUCUUUCACAUGGCAACACUGUGGGAACCCCCAAAGCCUCUGCAUAAAAAACACAUCUUGAAGACGCAGAGAGUUAAUUUCAAGCCCCCACCACCACCACCCACAUCUCCAAUUUGAAAGCCGCCUCUCUACCGGGAGAGGAAGGCUCUUUUUCGGUCAGAUGGCGUGCUGCAGUCCGCCCCCGUCAUUCUCCAGCCCACACAGACAGGGCAGCAGCCAAUACGGUGCGCCGGAGGACGAUUUCUGCCAGUGAUUUCAGACGAGGUACGAUACGCAAAGGGGAUUUACUACGCCAAUCUGAGCCGGGGAAGCUUUCGGCAAUAGGCAACAGGUUUCUCUCCGGGACUACCGAUCUGUGACGGAGAGGGUCGGAGACACACCUUUCCGUAAAUACGCCGGUCCCCUCUGUGCACAUCAGUCUACCUGACCUGAAGAAGGAUUUCUCCACCUGCAGGUUCAUGUCUUUCCUUUCUCCUGCCUAAACUUUCCAGUGCUGUGGGCCAUGUCUCUGCCACGCACACUUGGGGAGUUGCAGCUCUAUCGGGUGCUGCAGAGGGCCAACUUGUUGGCCUAUUAUGAAACCUUCAUCCAGCAGGGUGGUGACGACGUGCAGCAGCUCUGCGAGGCAGCAGAAGAAGAGUUCCUGGAGAUCAUGGCACUAGUUGGCAUGGCCACCAAGCCACUGCAUGUGCGUAGACUCCAAAAGGCCCUCCGAGACUGGGCGGCGAACCCUGCCCUUUUCAGCCAGCCCGUCUCUAAUGUUCCUCUCGGGGGCAUCCCACUGUUCAAAGUGGACGGGACGGGCACAAGUGGACCAACAGGCGGGCCCAGGAAGUCUGUGAGCAACGGGCAGCCGGGGUCUCCAUGUGAAAGGGAGGAUCGGGCGUGUCUUACUCCAAUGCACAGUGGGAGUCCAAGAAGCCCUUGCUCCCAGGCCUCCCCACAGCCACCAGACACACACUACAGGGAAAAACUGUCACCCAUGGACCCACACUGGCUCAGCCCAGAGCCUGAUGGGAACUGCACUUUGGCUUCUGCACCUGGAAUAGAGGAGGAGCCGCCCAGCCCGCCUCUGCUGUCGUCGUGUCCUCCAGGUCCAUCCACAUCUCCAAGCCCGUCUGCUUCUUUUUCCCCGGUCGCCCUGUCAGCCUGGCCCGGAGGACAGCUGGAUGGGGAGACAGCGAGGGCGGUGGUGGAGAGCGUGGACAGGCUCCUGAGGACCCUGCCCAGGUCAGAUCCUGCAGAGGUGAAGACUCUGCUUAGGAUGAACAAGAAGAUGGCAAAGACUGUGGGGCACAUCUUCAAAAUGGGGUCCCAGGAUGUGAACAAAGAAGAAGAGAUCCGGAAGUACAGUCUUAUUUAUGGACGCUUUGACUCCAAGAGGAGAGAAGGGAAGCAACUCACACAUCAUGAGUUGAUCAUCAAUGAAGCUGCAGCCCAGUUCUGUAUGCGCGACAAUGCCCUUUUGUUGAGACGGGUGGAACUUUUUUCUUUGGCUCGGCAGGUGGCGAGGAAGUGUGCCUACACCUCCACACUAAAGCAUGCAAGGACAAAUGCAGAUGAGAACAGCGUACUGUCCCAGAAGAGAGCGAGACAUGAGGUAAUUGUGCCCGAGAGUGUGUCAUCACUUCUCGGAGUGGAGAGCUCAGAGGGCUUGACCCAGAGGGCAGACGAUGACAGCUUAUCUGCAGAAAGCCUCGACAGUGUAUCACAUGACAUCGGCUCACAGUGCAACCAGUCUCUAUCCCCCCGUCCCCACACCGACACCUCCAACCCUAACAACUGGAGUCGCCAUCUCAUACAGCAAACGCUAAUGGACGAAGGGCUGCGAUUGGCUCGGAUGGUGUCACAUGAUCGGGUUGGCAAGAUCAGCCUAGCGUCAGAAGGAACUCACUCUACAGACCUUGACAGUAAAGUGGAGAGGCGGAGCUCGAUAACAGCGUGCAGGAGCAGUAGCCCUUGCAUCACCAAAGACGACUCUAAUCACCGCGGGAAAUGAAAAUGCUUGGCGGUUGUCAGGGAAUUCGUUCUCAAGCCUGCCACUGAACUCCACUCAGAGUCUGCCGUACAGGCUGUUGCUGAGCAGGUGUUUCCACGCGUAUCUGCAUCACUGACAUCUAAUGAGGAAAAGACUCUUUUCAACUUCAAAAUCAAUACAGGAGAUGUCAGAGUUUACCAGCGACUGACAUCAUGAACCUGCAGUGACUUCUAAACACUGAAGUUCAAAAUGUUCUGUUUUGAUUUUAUACUCAGUAAAUAUGUAGGGGGAGACACUUUUUUGUUUUGUUUUUUAAAUACAUGGACUACAUGUUCUGCAGAGUUUAGCUGAUAAUAGAAAUUAACUGAUUUUAUCAGGAUAAACCUGAUAUUUUGUUAAAUUACUGUAAUACAUUUUUUUGUGAGAGGUGGCGUGUGUUGAAAGUGCCACCUGUUUCAGAUGAAAUGGGCUCUACACAGCAGGGGGCACUGCGACUUUGGAAAUUAACUCUCCUAACUUACUCCAGUAACAUACUGUAAUUAUGUAAAGGAAAUGUGGUUUCAUAGGGAGACUGACAACAUUCUCAGCAGCUCCUCACCCUCAGGAAACAAAUGGACGUUCUGGUUUUUGAAGUCAGUGUGUUAGAUAUUCUUUAGGAUUCAAAGAUGAGGAUAAAAAAAAGUCCACGUUGAUGGAUUAGUUGUUUUUUUUAAAAAAGGUGCGUUUGAGGCAUGUGUUGAUCUAGAUUUCACAGAGCAUACACACAAACACCGGCGUCAGGUUCAGAGGCCUUUUGUUCUUUGCUGCGUCAUCUAAUCGUCCAUGAGAUCUGAACAGGCAUGCUGAGGUUUAUGAGAUAUAAAGCCAUGGGUCUCAUCAUCCACUCCCUCACAUCUCUCUGUAAUAAUAGUUUGCAUAAGCAGCUGAUAUGGUGUUUGUAAGAGAUAAUACUUCAGGCUUUUGUUUGAGGCAUUUCAUUAUCUUUCAUUAUGUGAAAAUGUACUCAGAACAGUGAUGCUUUAUUGAUUUCCAGUCGAAAGUUCAUUGUUCAGUUGCCUCUCUCAACAGUGAAAUCAGGUUUCAGGAUCAGGUAACGUUUCAUGCUCAAGGGCCCUUCAGCAGGGAGGCUGUCAUCAGCUGCUCUUCCCUCUCAUCUUUACUUUCAUCUCGUUCCCAAUCGGUGCCAUUGUACAGCCUUUGAGGAAACUGCAUUCAAAACUACAUUGCAAGAUUUAAAAAACAACAUUUACCACAGCAUUUUCAGAAAAUGUGGUGAUUAGUGUAGAUUUUUGAUGCGAUUUUAUUUAGGUGUAGCUGAAACUUACAAUAUAGCAGUGUGUUUUUGGGAUGAUUUCUGUAGUCUUAGAUAUUAACUAGGUGAAUUUUAUGUCAGCUUCCCUUUUUAAACAGUUCUUUUGUCCUUUGAGACUUAUAGUAAAUUAGGGUGACUAAUAUUUCUUUACUUUCUAAGCUUUAGAAAAAGAAAACACAUGCAGAGGUUUAUAGAAAGAAAUCUCACAAUGGUGCUUGACUCUUGAUUCAGCAGCUCCUACAAGUUACAUCAGACUAUGUGGCCCUGUUUUAAAUUGUUAAAAUCUAUUCAGAUUUCAUCUAAUGACAAGCCUCAUGUUGAUAAUGAUUAAAAACUUAAGGAUUUUUGUAUACUUAAUCACAGAGUAUGUCAGUGAGGUGGCUUGCUGUGCAUCAGUUACACCUGCCUGUUUCUUGAGCAUUAGUAACCUCCUCGGUUUAUUAUGUUGCAAAAAAAGAUUAUUUAUUUUGUUACAUCUCAAUAAAUGUUAUUUUAUUUCUUAAA